AACGCAAACUUGAAGAAUUCCCCAAAUUCCAAGCCUCCUUCCCACAGCUUGCUCCCACCUAGCCAAGAUCCAUGAUGCUUUCCCGCGCCUUGCUUCGAGCUGGAGCCCGCCAGGGAACCAGAUGGGGGUCAUGUGCCCUGAUCGGUCCGAAGCACCACUUCUAUGGGGUGACCAAGGAGAGUCGGGACCCCCCUCGACUCCAUCUUCCCUUUCCCUCGUCCAAUGUAGGUGUCUCGCCACUCUGUCUCGUCACAAUCUCAACCUCGUGGGUUUUGUAUAAAAGGGCUGCCUGCUCCCUCGUUCUUCCAUCGUGUCUCUUCUCUCAUUCAUCACUACCUUGAACCUUCUGCCACCUCUAUUUUAGAACUUUAUACAUAUAUACUAAGACCUUGGCGUGUGCUUCUGGGACGAACUAUAGACACAGACCCUUGGAUCUAGACGAUUUUCAUCCCGUGUCGAAAGCAUGGCGAACGUUCCGACAGAGCAGAUGGCGCAGGUGGUGGAAAAGAGUGGUGGCCCCGUCGUCUACAAGAAGAUCCCCGUCGCCAAGCCCGGGCCGGAUGAGGUCCUAAUCAACGUCAAGUACUCUGGCGUGUGCCACACAGACCUGCACGCCAUGAUGGGCGACUGGCCGCUGGCGACCAAACUGCCGCUCGUCGGCGGGCACGAGGGCGCGGGCGUCGUCGUGGCGCGCGGCGAGCUCGUGUCGGACGUGAAGCUCGGCGACCACGUCGGCAUCAAGUGGCUCAACGGCUCGUGCCUGUCGUGUUCCUUCUGCCGGCAGGGCGACGAGCCGCUGUGCCAGCAGGCGCUGCUGUCGGGCUACACGGUCGACGGCUCGUUCCAGCAGUACGCCAUCGCAAAGGCCGCGCACGUGGCCCGCAUCCCCGAAGGGGUCGACCUCGAGACGGUGGCGCCCGUGCUGUGCGCGGGCAUCACAGUCUACAAGGGCCUCAAGGAGUCGGGCGCGCGCCCGGGCCAGUUCGUCGCCGUCGUCGGCGCCGGCGGCGGCCUGGGCGCCAUGGCGCUGCAGUACGCGCGCGCCAUGGGCAUGCACGCCAUCGCCAUAGACGGCGGCGAGGACAAGCGGAAGGCAUGCCUGGGCGAGCUGGGCGCCACGGCCUUUGUGGACUUCUCGACCAGCAAGGACCUGGUGGCCGACGUGCGCGCCGCCACCCCGGACGGCAUGGGCCCGCAGGCCGUCAUCCUCCUGGCCGUGAGCGAGCGGCCGUUCCAGCAGGCGAGCGAGUACGUGCGCCCGCACGGCACCGUGGUCUGCAUCGGCCUCCCCGCGGGCGCGCACCUCAAGGCGCCCGUGUUCGACACCGUCAUCCGCAUGAUCACCAUCAAGGGCAGCUACGUCGGCAACCGCCAGGACACGGCCGAGGCGCUCGACUUCUUCGCCCGGGGCUUGAUCAAGGCGCCGCACAAGACGGUCGGGCUGAGCGAGCUGCAGAGCGUGUACGAGAUGAUGAAGGAGGGCAAGAUUGUGGGGCGAUAUGUUGUUGAUACGAGCAGGUGAUUUUUGGAUAAAGUCGAGAGACAAGCAGCGACAAAGCGAUGUUUUAUUUCCUUGGGCAGAAUAAAAUGUAGAAGGAAAAUAAAAUAAAAAGAACUAAAAUGGAUAUCACGGUUCUCCAAACUUCUUUCUCUUCCAGUGGUCACCCCCGCGCUUUGCGCCGAGC